AUGGACCGAGGCCCUGCCCGGCGACUUGCCAUUAGAGACCCUUCCAGCCACCGCAGAUAUCGACAGUUUAAGAGCUAUAUGUACGUUAAGUGUGCACAGUUACCCCAUUUCCGACGAGACGUUUACACGACCGAGGCAAACAUUGAUCUCACGAAGGUCUAUGCAACAUCUGGGCAACGUACGACGCAGUACUGCACUGUAGUGACAAGACCUUACUUUUAUAUACCUUGGACACGAUUGUCUCUGUCAUCCAUUGACCAACAACAUAAUUCCAAGUUCAAUUGUUGUAUUGUUAAUGCCAUAGCAAUAAUCAAAAUUGAAGGGGGCGGUCGGAGGAGGACCUUAUCGACCCGAAGGGCUACCGUGCAGAUAGGCCUACGCGGUUCCUCUUACACUGUGGAUGCGCAUGCGUGGCAGAUAAGCAAGGGCUUCCACAUUGUCCAAGCGCACCAGUGUUGGCACAAGUCCCUGGAGCCUUUGAUGAAAGAGGUGAAAGCCAUAAUGGGUGAUCGACCAGUUUACCUCUCAUUCGACAUCGACGCUAUUGACCCUGGCUUCUGUCCUGGCACUGGCACCCCGGAAAUCGGAGGUCUGACCCCUAUCCAGGCGCUGGAGAUCAUCCGCGGGUGCCGUGGCCUGAACCUCGUGGGCUGUGACUUGGUCGAGGUAUCUCCUCCAUAUGACUUCGAGGGAACCACCGCUCUCACAGGCGCUAAUCUGCUCUUUGAGAUGCUCUGUGUUCUUCCACGUGUAAAAUAUUAUGAUUUUAAAUAAAGCCCAUCGUUAUUAUUAUAAUCAACAUUCUACUAUAGUUGUUUAGAGUAGAUUUUUAUUUUUGUGGGGAUGAGUACCGUUUGAAUAAAAAUGUAUGAAUGCAUUAAAAAAU